GGCUCUCGCGGAAGUCCCGGCGCCAUUGGGAGGGCCGCGGCGGCUGCUCGGUGCCCUUGUUGCCGAGGGCCUCUUCCUAGGUCAUUCGCGGCUCUGGCGCCUGGCUGGGGCUGACUUCGGGGCUCGGGCGUGGGCCUCUGGGCGCCGGGGUGGCCUCCUCGCCGGCGGGAUGUGGCGAUUUCGCCGGGCCGCCGUGGCCUGUGAGGUCUGCCAGUCCCUAGUGAAACUCAGCUCCGAAGUGAAAGGAAGCUUGCCACUACAAAAACUGCACCUGGGUUCCCGGAGUAAUUACCAUUCUUGUCAUCCUACCUUAAAGCUGCAAAGGCCCCAAUUAAGGACAUCGUUUCAGCAGUUCUCCUCUCUGACUAACCCUCCUUUACGUAAAUUGAAACUUUCUCCAAAGAAAUAUGGCUACCAGCCCCGCCGAAAUUUUUGGCCUGCAAGAUUAGCAGCAAGACUCUUAAGACUUCGCUAUCUCAUCCUGGGAUCUGCUGUCGGGGGCGGCUAUACAGCCAAAAAGACUUUUGACCAGUGGAAAGAUAUGGUACCUGACCUUAGUGACUAUAAAUGGAUUGUGCCCGACAUUGUGUGGGAGAUUGAUGAAUAUAUCGAUUUAGAGAAAAUUAGAAAAGCUCUUCCUGACUCAGAAGACCUUGCAAAGCUGGCCCCUGACCUUGACAAGAUCGCGGAAAGUCUCAGCUUACUGAAGAGCUUUUUCACCACAGGUCACAAAUUGGUUAGUGAAGUCAUAGGAGCUUCUGACCUACUUCUCUUAUUAGGUUCACCCGGAGAAACAGCAUUUAGAGCAACAGAUCAUGGAUCUGAAAGUGACAAGCUAUAUAGAAAGGGUCUGCUUGGUGAGCUCAUUCUCUUACAACAGCAAAUUCAAGAGCAUGAAGAGGAAGCCCGCAGAGCCGCUGGCCAGUAUAGCACGAGCUAUGCCCAACAGAAGCGCAAGGUGUCAGAUAAAGAGAAAAUUGAUCAACUUCAAGAAGAACUUCUGCAUACCCAGUUGAAGUACCAGAGAAUCUUGGAACGAUUAGAAAAGGAGAACAAAGAAUUGAGAAAAAUAGUAUUGCAGAAAGAUGACAAAGGGAUCCACCAUAGGAAGCUGAAGAAAUCCUUGAUUGACAUGUAUUCUGAAGUUCUUGAUGUUCUCUCUGAUUAUGAUGCCAGUUAUAAUACACAAGAUCAUCUGCCAAGGGUGGUUGUGGUUGGAGAUCAGAGUGCUGGGAAGACCAGCGUGUUGGAGAUGAUCGCUCAGGCACGAAUAUUCCCUCGAGGCUCGGGCGAGAUGAUGACUCGUUCUCCAGUUAAGGUGACUCUGAGUGAAGGCCCUCACCACGUGGCCCUAUUCAAAGAUAGCUCUCGGGAGUUUGAUCUUACCAAGGAAGAAGAUCUCGCAGCACUAAGGCAUGAAAUAGAACUCCGAAUGAGGAAAAACGUGAAAGAAGGCUGUACAGUGAGCCCUGAGACAAUAUCCUUAAACGUCAAAGGCCCUGGACUGCAGCGGAUGGUACUUGUUGACUUACCAGGUGUGAUUAAUACUGUGACCGCAGGCAUGGCUCCUGACACAAAAGAAACCAUUUUCAGUAUUAGCAAAGCUUAUAUGCAGAAUCCGAAUGCAAUCAUACUCUGUAUUCAAGAUGGAUCUGUGGAUGCCGAACGCAGUAUUGUCACAGACUUGGUCAGUCAGAUGGAUCCUCAUGGAAGAAGGACGAUAUUUGUUUUGACCAAAGUAGACCUAGCGGAGAAAAAUGUGGCUAGUCCAAGCAGGAUCCAGCAGAUAAUUGAAGGAAAGCUCUUCCCAAUGAAAGCUCUAGGUUAUUUUGCUGUUGUUACAGGAAAAGGAAGCAGCUCUGAAAGCAUUGAAGCUAUAAGAGAGUAUGAAGAAGAAUUUUUUCAGAAUUCAAAGCUCCUCAAGACAAGCAUGCUGAAAGCACACCAAGUGACUACAAGAAAUUUAAGUCUUGCUGUUUCAGACUGUUUCUGGAAAAUGGUACGAGAGUCAGUUGAACAACAGGCUGAUAGUUUCAAAGCAACGCGUUUUAACCUGGAGACAGAGUGGAAGAAUAAUUACCCUCGCCUCCGAGAACUCGACCGGAAUGAACUAUUCGAAAAAGCUAAAAAUGAAAUCCUUGAUGAGGUGAUCAGUCUGAGCCAGGUUACACCAAAACAUUGGGAGGAAAUCCUUCAGCAAUCUUUGUGGGAAAGAGUGUCGAGUCAUGUGAUUGAAAACAUCUAUCUCCCAGCUGCACAGACCAUGAAUUCUGGGACUUUUAAUACUACAGUGGACAUCAAGCUAAAACAGUGGACUGAUAAGCAGCUUCCAAAUAAAGCAGUAGAGGUUGCUUGGGAGACCCUCCAAGAAGAAUUUUCCCGCUUCAUGACAGAACCAAAAGGAAAAGAACAUGAUGACAUAUUUGAUAAGCUUAAAGAGGCUGUGAAAGAAGAAAGUAUUAAACGCCAUAAGUGGAAUGAUUUUGCAGAGGACAGUUUGAGGGUUAUUCAGCACAAUGCCCUAGAAGAUCGGUCCAUAUCUGAUAAGCAGCAGUGGGAUGCAGCCAUUUAUUUCAUGGAGGAGGCUCUGCAGGCUCGCCUCAAGGACACUGAAGAUGCAAUUGAAGAUAUGAUAGGUCCUGAUUGGAAAAAGAGAUGGUUGUACUGGAAAAAUCGAACCCAAGAACAGAGUGUUCACAAUGAAACCAAGAAUGAAUUGGAGAAGAUGCUGAAAUGUAACGAAGAGCACCCGGCUUACCUCGCGAGUGACGAGAUCACUACGGUCCGAAAGAACCUGGAGUCCCGAGGAGUCGACGUGGAUCCGAGCUUGAUUAAGGACACUUGGCACCAAGUUUAUAGAAGACAUUUCUUAAAAACAGCUCUAAACCAUUGUAACCUUUGUCGCAGAGGUUUUUAUUAUUACCAAAGGCAUUUUGUAGAUUCUGAGUUGGAAUGCAACGAUGUGGUUCUGUUUUGGCGAAUACAGCGCAUGCUUUCUAUCACUGCAAAUACUUUGAGGCAGCAACUCACAAACACUGAAGUCAGGCGAUUAGAGAAAAAUGUUAAAGAGGUUUUGGAAGAUUUUGCUGAAGAUGGUGACAAGAAAGUUAAAUUGCUCACUGGUAAACGUGUUCAACUAGCUGAAGACCUCAAAAAAGUUAGAGAAAUUCAAGAAAAACUUGAUGCUUUCAUUGAAGCUCUUCAUCAGGAGAAAUAAAUUGUAAUUAAAAUCCUGCUCGUAAUUGCCUCUGUCUACAUCUGAAGAGAGAAAAUUCCAAAGUCCUGACUUUUUUUUCCCUUUCUCCUGCUACUCUGCCUUCCUAAACACAAAAUAAAGUCAUGGGAUAAAAAUUAUUUUAUGCGUGAUCAGAGGCAUUUUAACCUAAGCUGCCAGAUGAAUGGAAGAACAGUGGACAUGGCAUUCACAUCGAUUUCAUGUACUGAACUGACAGAACUGACAGAUCAGACGCAAUCAGUGGGUAUGAUCAUUGAGUCCUUAAAUAAGACACUUGCUCUCCUGCUGCUGUCUCCUUGAUGGGGGCACUAAUCCAACCGCUUCCUUUGGUGAUGUCACUUAUGGCCAGUGUUCUUCUAGAGAGAGGAUCCCAGGUGUCUAGAAAUUAAGUGUGCGCCAAUUCAAAAGCUAUCGAUUGUAUAUAGCAUGAUGGUAAGCACUGAGUUGUUGUCUAUUUUGUAAUGGUCUAUAUUCAGAAACUCUUCAACCAUGAUCAUUUGGUUUAUAUUCACCAUGUGAAAGAAAAGCAGCUAAGAGAAACCCCUCUGUAAGUAAAUUUGGGUCACAGCAUCACCGUGUACAUUAAGUGAAAGAGAUGUCGGCCCUCAGAUGACAGUUUAGACAGUUGCCUUAGAAGCUAAUUCAGUAGCAGGCUUGCCUGUUUGAUUCAGUUGAUGUUUUUGUAAUCUCUAUCCAUUUGAAAUGAAUUCACUUUGAAUGUUGUAUAGUUAGGCGAGGCUUUCUGUGACUAGUGGCUUUGGGUGUUUUUUUUGUUUUGUUUUGUUUUGUUUUUUAAAUCUGUUGACAGAGCUAUUGGAUUAUGACACAGGAUAGAGAAAAUUGAGAAUGAUCCAUUGACUGAUUUCGCUUAGGCUAUUAUCAAAGACUUCAGUUAAGCAUCAAGACUGUGAGACUGUUUUAAAUAGAAAUAAUUUCAACAAUUAGAAUAAUAUUGAUUAUCUCCCUCUUAGCAGAAUAAAAAAAAAUACUUAAAGAAAAUACAAGGGUUAAUUCAUUGCAAUUCAGUUACAGUAAUGCCCUCACAGCAUUUUCAUUUGAUUCAUACAAAUAUUUUCUUACUGGCUGGCUAAAGGACCUCAAAGCAGAGAAAUACGCCAGUCUUGACAAAAUUUUUGUCUCAUCUAACUGUUCUUUGCUGCCUUUUCAUUAAGCCUUUAUUGUAAUAAAAAUGGCCAUUUUAAGUCAUUUGCAUUUUAGUUCACUUAAUUUUACACUUUAUUCCCUUACCACCCUGCAUGUUUCGUUUUGCUUUUUAAUUAAUUUAGCAUUCUUCACUGUGGCAGCUCUCAAGAGCUGACAGUGCUCAAGGCUGAAGGAUGUCACAGAAUAUUUCAGAAAUUGAAAAGGCAGCAAAGAGGUGUUCCAGGCUAUUUGAUAAGGAAAGUAUAUCCAAUUUCAAGUAGCCAGUAAUAUAGCAAAUUUCAUAGUCCAGAACAUUUCCUGGUUCUGCUAGCUGAAGGCUGGUGGUGGACAUAGUGGGAAGGAGUCGAGUGCCCGGGGCUCCUUCCCGUCUGGUUGUGUCCACUCCAGUUAGUGCCCUCUCCCCACUUCUCACUGGCUGCUAAACCUGUCACUCAAACAGGCGUCGUUCAGUGACGGCUAGUGGGUUUGCAGCGGUACAACAAUCAGUGUACAAAGUAAGUCUUGUAUUGAAGAAGAAGAAAUAGGACCAUAUUUAUUUCUGCGAGCUUUGGAUAGGAUCCAGCACCCUCAACUGUGUUUCUUCAGAUUUCUCCCAAGCAAAAGUCUCAUCUCUUUGCAGAAAUCUCGGAAAGGUGGUGGCAAGGAGUCUAUUUAUUUGAGAUGGGUAUUUGUAAUUUAAAUAUAUAAAUAGAUAGUAAAAAUACUAUUAAAAACCAUACGAGUGCAAACAUUCCUCUAUCCCCCUUAGUAAUUUGACUUCUUUUGUGGAUUACUUAAUUUUUCUCUUUUUAGCAGUUCUCAUCCUAAGCAUGCUAUUUUUUUUUUCUUAAAAGCUAAGAAUUUAUUAAACACAGAUGUUAUUAACAGAAAAGAAAUAAAAUUCAGAGUCACAACAAUAAACCCUGUGUUUUGUGUCUGUAGUUCAAAAUUUGGGAGUGAUUCCGACUUGCACAUGUUCAUAAAUUCAUUAUCCAAAAGUAACUUCUAAUUAGAUCAGGAACAAUUGUUUUUUAAUAUCAAAAUUAGCAAAGAAUGUCUACAGCUGAUUGGUCAGUAUAUCAGUUUAAGGACUCUGUAAGCUAUUGCUCCAUCCGGAGUGAUCAUCGGAGCUGAAGCAGUCUGAUCAUCAUUUCAUCCUGUUCUCUACUCUUUGUAUUAUCCCCUUUUCCCGGGCUUUAUCAGGAUCUCCUUCCUGUGAAGAAUGUAGCCUCCUAAGGCAAAACUAGUUCCUGAAUGACUAAGGGACCCCGCUGAGAGCACAGCUUCCUUCCUUCCUCUCAGUGGAGAAGUUUUGCCUAAGAUUCAGAAGAGGUUAAGUGUUGAAUUUUGUACUUUAAAAAUUCUAGAUGUAUUUCAUUUUUAGAUGUGUUCACCCACAAGGGAAAAUGAAGUGCGGUGUCGCCGUCUUCUAGGAAGGGGCUAAAGCAAUGCUUUGUGUGUCGAUUCUGCACGCUGGCGUAUGCUCCAGGCUCACAGCCGUCAGCUGCUUGGACGCGUGCUUACACUGAUGCUGACCUUCUCCACCCAUCAUGACUGCACUGAAAUAUUUAUGUUCUGUGAACUGUGAAUGAACUUUGUAUUUUUCAAAAACCACACUAUAUGUACAUGUUGUUGCAAUUUCUAUUUUGCCUAUGCUUGAUCUGAGGUCAUCAUUUGUAUAGACGCGUAAUUAAAGAUAUUUCAAUCACAUUAUCAUGCUA